AGUCCGUUGUGCGAGCCGGUUUUAGCUUUUAAGGUUUUAUGCACGUGUUUCUUUUCAUAAAAAAGAAAAGAGUUGAAAGCUACGCCUUUUUCUGAUGUCACCUUUUGCUUUGUCCGCGGUUUUUCGACGUUUUACCCUCAUGGGUCACGCGUGUGGCUACUCUGCCAAAACGCUUUCGCGCUCGUUCGACGUGCAGAUCAACAAUUCAGAAAGCUGCGACGCAGACAAGCGGGCCACCAAUCCGUUCUGUGCGUCUGACCUGGACUCGGCGCACAUGCUUCACGAGCUUUCCAAGAUCAACCACGACGACUUUUGCCUCUCGUACCUGUGGACCUACAGGGAUUUUGUCGGCGGAACGCUGGGACUCGCGUACAAGGCCGAGCCCAACGGGUUCCCGGGCACCGCGGGCGGCAUCUGCGAUAAGUUCCAGAGCGGGUCGAGCCUGCACUCGUCCUCGUCGUUCCUGGGCAGGCUGAGCCUGAACACCGGCAUCGUGACCUUCCUGAACCAGAACUCCCGCGUGCCCGAACGGAUCACGCACAUCACCUUCACCCACGAGCUGGGACACAACUUCGGCUCUCCGCACGACUUCCCGCCGGAAUGCGUGCCCGGAAGCAUUGUGGGCAACUACAUCAUGUUCGAGAGCGCCACCCACGGCAACCUGCCCAACAACCGCAAGUUCUCUCCGUGCAGCGUGCGCAACGUCUCUCUGGUGCUCCACCAGCUCUUCUCUGGCGACGGUCCUCGUGCCAACUGCCUCCAGGAACCUCGAGGACCCUACUGCGGCAACUUCAUCCGCGAAGAAGGCGAGGAAUGCGACUGCGGCUUCAUGUCGGCGGCGUGCGAGAAAAGCUGCUGCUACGCUCGCGAGCACGGCGAGGACAGCCACAGAGCGUGCACCCUCAAGCCGGGUGCUUCCUGCAGCCCUUCGAACGGAGCCUGCUGCAACAAAAACUGCACCGUUCGUAAAAGUACCUUCGUGUGCCGGGAAGACGACGACUGCUCUUUCGAGGCCACCUGCGACGGGCUGACUUCGGACUGUCCGCCCUCGGCGCCCAAGCCCAACGGCACGCUGUGCAACCACGGCACCCAGAUAUGCGAGGACGGCCACUGCAAGCGCUCCAUCUGCGCCAAGUACAACCUGAACGAGUGCUUCCUCACCGGUUCCUACAGAACGCCCGACGAGAUGUGCCUCAUCGCCUGCAGCGAACCCGGUACCGGAAUCAUCCUCGUGCGCUUUCGAACGCUCCAGGUUUCGUUGGGUGCAUAGUGAUAACUACCCAAA